AUGCAAACAUCAAGGAUGCAUACAGCUCCUCACCCGCUGGGCCGAUCAGAUCACAACCUGGUGAGACUGCAGCCCAUUUACAUACCUAUGGUAAAGAAACAACCCCCCACCAUAAGGUAUGUGAAGAAGCGGUCUAACGAGGCCACUGAGGCACUGAAAGACUGCUUCAAGACCACAGACUGGGAUGUGCUGUGUGGCCCAUAUGGGAAGGACAUUGACUCAAUGACAGACUGUGUUACGGACUACACCAACUUCUGUGCAGAGAACACCGUACCGACCAGGAAAGUACGGUGUUUCUCUAACAGCAAACCCUGGGUGACCCCAGAACUGAAGGCCCUGCUGAAGGAGAAGAGGAGGGUUUUUGGAUCUGGGGACAGAGAGGAGCUGAGGAGGGUGCAGAAGGAGAUAAAGAAGAUGAAGGAGGACAAGGCCAGCUACAGGACCAAGAUGGAAUCUCACCUGCAGGACAAUAACACAAGGGAGGUCUGGACAGACCUGAGAUCCAUCUCUGGUUACAGCAGAGGCCAUGAGAGGGGAGCUGCAACAGGAGGCCAGGAGUGGGCCAAUGAGCUGAAUCUGUUUUUCAACAGAUCUGACUCUGCUCCCACUCCUCCCCCCUCUCAUCAAAGCACCAACCAGCCAGCUCCUUCUUCACACCUCAGCUCUCUACCACCAACACCACCAACAACACUCCUCCUCCGAUCCCCGUCUUCCACCACCUCCGGACUCCACAUACAGCCCCAUCACCCCUCCUUGUCUCACCCCCCACCACCACCAUCACCCCUCCUACUGCCACCCUCCUCUACCACCCCCGGCCUCUCCAUAACAGCUGAUCAGGUGAGAAGUGAGCUGAAAAAGAUCAAGACCAGAAAGGCCGCAGGUCCUGAUGGAAUCAGCUCCAGACUCCUUAGAGACUGUGCAGACCAGCUCUGUCAGGUGCUGCUGCACAUCUUUAACCUGAGCCUGAGUCUGGAGAGGGUUCCUGUGUUAUGGAAGACUUCCUGCCUGGUUUCUGUCUCAAAGACCAGGAACCCCAGGGAGCCCAACCACUUCAGACCUGUGGCCCUCACUUCUCACCUGAUGAAGACCAUGGAGAGGAUCGUCCUCAGGAACCUCCGUCCCCAGGUGAGCCCACAUCUGGAUCCACUGCAGUUCGCCUACAAACCGAACACUGGAGUGGAUGAUGCAGUCGUCUACCUGCUGCACAGAUCGCUGACUCAUCUGGAGAACCCCGGCAGCACUGUGAGGGUCAUGUUCUUUGACUUUUCCAGUGCUUUCAAUACAAUCCAGCCUUCUCUGCUCAGUGUGAAGCUUGAAGGAGCGGGAGUAGACUGUCACCUGGCUGCAUGGACCAUUGACUACCUCACCAACAGACCACAGUACGUGAGGCUUCAGGACUGUGUGUCUGAUGUGGUAGUCAGCAGCAUGGGGGCCCCACAGGGGACAGUGCUCUCCCCCUUUCUCUUCACCCUGUACACAUUGAGCGGAAAUACAGGACGGUCAUCUCUGACUUUGUUGACUGGUGUGGGCUAAACCAUCUGCAGCUCAACACCGGUAAGACGAAGGAGAUGAUCAUCGACUUCCGCAGGAGGAUGACACCUCAGACUGCACCGGUGAACAUCCAGUGUCUGGACAUCAAGAUGGUGGACUCAUACAAAUACCUGGGUGUUCACCUCAACAAUAAACUGGAUUGGACACACAAUACAGAGAUUCUGUACAAGAAGGGCCAAAGUCGUCUCCACCUGCUGAGGAGACUGAGAUCCUUUGGAGUGUGCAGGACUCUGCUCCGGACAUUUUAUGACUCUGUGGUAGCGUCUGCUAUCUUCUAUGCAGUGGUCUGCUGUGGAGCGGGGAGCACUGAAAGGGACAGAAAGAGACUGAACAGACUGGUCAGGAGGGCCGAUUCUGUCCUGGACUGUUCCCUGGACUCCAUAGAGGAGGUGGGUGAGAGGAGGAUGUUGGCAAAGCUCACAUCCAUCAUGGACAAUCCCUCUCACCCACUGCGUGACACUGUGGGGUCUUUAAGCAGCUCCUUCAGCAGCAGACUGAGACACCCACCCUGCAAGAAGGAGCGCUAUCACAGGUCCUUCAUCCCAUCUGCUAUAAGACUUUACAACAUCAGCAUCACUGGCUGAUGUUAACAUAAACUGGACUCAUAUCACCCCAAACCAUAAAAUUUGCACAGCAAUUCUUCCACUGCUACAUCUUUGCACUUUUUAAACUUAUUUUUUCAAGCCACUUUAUAUUGUGUUGUUUACAGUGUGUCAAUACUGUACUAUUUCAUUCUCAUUUCUCAUCCCUGUACAUAUUGUAAAUAUUAUUACUACUAUUUUAUUAUUAUCUUAUUACUAUUACUAUGUUUAUUGCUACAUAAGCUGCUGUAACAAUGUGAAUUUCCCCUGGCAUGGGGAGAAAUAAAGGACUAUCUCAUCUUAUCUUAUCUUAUCUUAUCUUAUCUUAUCUUAUCUUAUCUUAUCUUAUCUUAUCUUAUCUUAUCUUAUCUUAUCUUAUCUUAUCUUAUCAGUCAAAACAACCCAAGGCCAACAGUGCUCAACAGGAAGUGAGGAAAUACAAAGAUGAGCUUUUGUCUCAGCAGAUCCCAGAUUUUCAACAUGGCUUGGACUUUUGGUUGGCACAGAACUCAGUGGCAUAUGUGACUUUGAAAUCUCUGGCUCUUGAUUUACUUGCGAUGCCUGCAUCUUAGGCUUUUGUUGAACAAGUGUUCAGCAUUACGGGUAACUUGACAAAGGCCUGUUGCAACGGGUGCAAGGGUCAUCUUGGAGAGAAGCACCUUUCUAAAACAAAACCAGGAUAAGAUAUGAUAAAACAAAGACACAGAUAGGCUUAAUUGUUAGGCCUCUGUGCCACACUCAUGUCCCUUUUUCCUGUCUCAGCACUUUUAUAUUUUCCUAUGCUGUUUUAUAUGGUGAACUUUUGUAUAAAGGUCUUGUAAAUGGUGAAAUGGGUUUUACACACAGUCAAGAAAAUGAUUCAAGCCUGUCUUGGAUGCGACACAUUUACAUAUAAUUUACUUUAUUUAAAAAAUAUGUAUUUAUAGACUGCACAUUUGUAUACAGGUAGCGUAACACAAAAUAAAUUCAUAAUUUAAUUUUUGUGAUUCAUGAAUGCAAAAUGAAUGGGUUUUGCUAUUGGACAGCAUUUUGCGCAUGCGCGCGACUACGGCUGUCAUUCAAAUUUACGCGGCGGUCUGUUUAGUACUUCCAGUGCAUCCAUAGAUUGCAGUGGAGAUUUACCCACUGCCUGCAGGAGGAAGUCCAUUGUUUGGUAAGUUGUCCAUCUUUCUUUGUGGUUUACAGUGUAGUUCACUGUGAAAAGUGUUAGGCAAAAUAUGUGCAUGAACUGUGUUGGACUUUCCAAAACGGAAGUAGUGGGCUAGUUGGUGCUAAGGCUAGCCAGGUAGCCUUUCUUUCACCUCCUGUUAAUGGUAUUUGUGAUUCAGUAUUAUUACCAAAGAGGCUACGCAGGAGGCUAGUAGUGGGAGUUCAAUGGGACUGUAUAUGUUGCAUAUCGUGUUUAUUUCUGUUUAUAACGGAACAACGGCCUUGAACAGAAAUGUUCAUUCGCACACUUAGCCAUGGGCACCACACAUGCACGCACGCAAACAAUGUGUCCACAGGGAGGAUUUUUGACGUUCAGCAAAAAGUGUUUCUUACAACGUUUGAGACUUUAGCCACCGCAUUUUCACUCCGAAGAAUUAACAAUAGCGACUUCUUAGUCGUUUUUGGAGAUUUUGCCCGUACCAGAGUCCCUUUGCACGCUCACUGAUAAAUAAGGAGUUAGUUAGGGAACCCAAUGAAGCGUCAAAACCGGCUUGUGACCAGUGAGAACGUUUUAGUCACGCUCAGUAUGAGCAGAUAUACUUGUUAGCUUCCUCUUUAUGCUCUGUGUGUACAUAGACUGUAUUAUACAGUCUAUGUGUGUCUGAGUGGCCGCUGUGAGAAUCUGCUCAUAUGAAUUUGAUUGUAGGUUUAUUUACUGUUAACUUGCACAAACCUGCCAAUUCCGUUUUAUGCACACAAAUUGUGUGCAUAAAAUUGUUUCAGCAUGAGCUGUAAAACAAAUUAACAUUGAAGGCAGGCCUACAUUCACUACUGUCUGUUUAAUAAUUAUAUUUUGGUACAAAUUUGGUUUGGUUGUUUCACAUAGACAUUAAAAUUAUUUAUUUUUUUAUAUUUUUGUUUUUUGUGGAUGUAAAAACAAAUAAAUGGGCAAGUGUGUGUAUAUUGUAAAAUUUCUGCAUACAGAUCUGUACCGUGUGAAACACAUUUCUGUGAUUCAAAUCCAAAAUAAUGCAAAUCACUUUAUUUUAUUUAAAAAUAUAAUGGUAAUCAGAUUUUCUUCAGUGUUACUGUAAAAUGAUUUCUAAUCCAUUUCUAAAUAUUAAUGUCUGUCUGCUUUUAUUGGCAAGUCCUCAAAGGGAAUUUUUGAAUUUUUAGUGGUUAAGACUAUUCUAACACUCAUACUGGCAGGGCCCCUGUGAUUUACUGUAUUAUUGUUAUUUUCAAUUUCUGUGUUUUUUCCUAUUUUAUUCUACCUACUUUGUGUUUUUUAGAAUUAAGAUUGACAACUGAUGGAAAUUAACAGAUAAUUUUCUGAGUUAAGAGGAGCAACAUGUAAAGGACAAAUAUAAUUUGAACUAAUUAUCACAGAAAUCAUAUACUACUCUAAUAAAUUUGUCUCAUUUUUGUUUGCAGUUUGAUAAGUAGUACCAAGCUACUUAUGGCAACCUCCUAGUGAUAGUAAGCAGCAUGUUGUUUCCUAACUGUUGAUGCAAGCUGAUCUGUAUUAUUGUCAUUUGUUUUAUGUAAUUGUCUUUAUUUUUCUUUUUUAGGACAAUGAAUGUGAAGUGCAAAGAAUGCUGUUUGGAACUAGCUAGCAGGUAUUUGUUGUUGCAGCAUGAGUUUUGCUGUCGGACAGUAUUUUGCACAUGCACAAGACUAAUUUGCGUGGAGUAUUUAGUGCUUCCAGUGCAUCCAUCAACUACCGACUGCCUGCGGGAGGAAGUCCAUUGUUUGGUGAAUGCAGAGUUCUUGCGGAUCACCACUAAGCAACUGCAAUCAAAAUUCGUGUCACAGCUUGACCACUUCUCAGACAAGCUGAUAAAGAUCUUCAAGAGCAAAGGAAGACUGAAGCAGCAAAAAUCAAAGAUGUCCCGGAGAUCAGUGAUUUGUGUGACAUCAACACUAAGAGGGAGUGCGUCCUGCGAAGCCUUGUCAUCUACUUCAAUGAAGAUCCAGACUCAUUCUUCAAGGAAUAUCUGACCUCAGCAGCUGAGGAUGCAGAGAGGGACAUCGCAGACACAACCAUGGGGAUUUAUACAAUCAGAAGAGAGGGGGUGGAGGAGCCAGUGGAUCUGGGAAUUGUGAUCGAAGGCAUUAAAGUUCCCAGCAACAUUGGCAAUGUCAUCCUUGGCUUCAUCUUGCUGUUUGGGCUCAUUUAUGCCCUUGAUCUAAGCUUUCCAGACCAUAUGAAGUACACCACUGAAUUUUUCCAGAAGUUCAGAAUGAGUCUGGAUGGGCACAAGCUGAACACAAAGAUCCAGCAGCUGGAAAUCAAGUUAUUUCCAUAAGAGUUGACCACCUCUUUACGCUCAUCAGAUCCUCUGGGAGCUGUUUUAUUUUAUUUUUUCCUCUCAGUUCAUAACAAAGGACAAUCAGUGACUUCAUCAAAGAUUCCCUUGUUCUAACAUUUCAGGAGAAUUACACACGUGGACAAAAUUGUUGGUACCCCUCGG